CUCAAGAACGCCGCGGAGGAGCUCAAGGCCGCGGGCGACUACGCGGGCGCGUGCGACAAGCUCACGGAGGCGCUCGCGCUCGGCGGCGUGUCCGCGGCCAUGUGCUGCAAGCGCGCCGAGGUGCUCCUCAAGGGCGGCCGGCCCGCGGCCUGCGUCGCCGACGCGACCGUCGCCCUCGGCAUCAACCCGGAUAGCGCGAAGGCCUACAAGCUCCGCGCCAAGGCCCGCCGCAAGCUCGGCGACUACGGCGAGGCCGCCGCGGACUUCGGCCAGGCCCAGAAGAUCGACUUCGACGACGGGAUCAUCGAGGAGCUCAACUACGUCGCCAAGCGCGCGAAGAAGAUC